UGGCCAUGUGAGGUGCCGCCCGCCCCGGCUAUAUAUGCGAGGCCAUGGGUGCGCCUCCCCGGCCAGCCUAGCUCUCUCUUUCGCCAGUAGCUUUAGCAAUUUAGCCCAGCUCCCUCCACGCCAGGCAGGAUCCGGCGAGCUCGAUCGAUCGUCUCCAUUCCAUCCACGCAGCAGCUAGCUCCGGCGAGCGAUCGGUGGCGCGGCCGGGCAGCAUGCAGGCGGUGGGCAUCCGGCGGGGGCUGACCAUCGACCCGGCGGGGGAGGAGGAGGCCCCCGCGGCGCGCGUGGGGCGCCUGGUCCGCGAGAGCCCCGUGGUGAUCUUCGCGCGGCGCGGCUGCUACAUGGCGCACGUGAUGAAGCGCCUGCUGGCCGCCGUGGGCGCGCACGCCACCGUCAUCGAGCUGGACGCCGGCGCGGCCGACGAGCUCGCGGCGGCCGCCGAGGCCGGGCGCGGCGCCGUCCCGGCGCUCUUCGUGGGCGGCGCCCUCGUCGGCGGGCUCGAGGGGCUCAUGGACCUCCACCUCAGCGGCCGCCUCGUGCCGCGGCUCAGGGAGGUCGGCGCCCUCUGCGCGUAGGUAGCACCUCGUCGGCGGCCGGGACUCGCGCAGCGUCCAUGGAUGAUGUGUACAUACGCGAGGCCUCUCCGAUUCGGACAAGCUUCAGGGUGCUGGACGCAAAGCACGCUCGAAUAAGCUGUAGCGGUAGUAGUUGUACACCAAGGGCGGGGGAUGCUGGCAAGGCAAACAGUGUUACGGGGGUUUUUGUGAGAAACGGCAGGACCUAAAUGUGAUUACUUAGGAGUAACGCUGCUUCCUCUUCCUCGAUCUCUUUUCCUUUUGCAGCAGCAAGCAAGCGAGCAAGCUUCUGUUUUGUCCUGCUCUGUUAAGUUAAUUACUCUGUUCGUUUUGUUGGA